AUGAGUUACAAUUAUUUAUUCAAAAUCGUUAUUGUUGGCGAUCAUAACUGUGGCAAAUCGUGCAUUUUGCUACGCUUUGCUGAGAAUUCAUUUCGCCAGGAUCACAUUACUACGCUUGGUGUUGACUUUAAACUGAAAACAGUCAAACUUGGUCGUGACAAAAUCCGGCUAGAAUUAUGGGAUACAGCUGGGAUGGAACGUUAUAGAACAAUCUAUAACUCAUAUUAUCAUUCGGCACAUGGAGUAAUGUGUGUUUAUGAUUUGACAGACGAACGAUCUUUCGAUAAUUUGCGUAAUUAUUGGUUAAAGGCAAGCUUUAUGGAGAAAAUUGUUAAGAAAAAACAUUCAAUAAAUGAGUAUGCUAUGGAAAUUCGAGUGCAUGCACCAUCAAAUGCAGUGUUGAUGUUAAUUGGAAAUAAAGCUGAUUUGGAAGACAAGAGAAUGGUUAAUUUUGAACGCGCUGAACAACUCGCUAGCCAGCUUGGAGUAAGUGCGAAGUCAGGAAUUAAUUGUGAUGAUGCAUUUUAUAAUUUGGCGGCAGCAAUGCGCGACCGUCUUUUGGUGUCUAACAUGCAUUCCGAUUCAGAAGAUAGUGAUCAUCUUGGUUCUGCUUUUCAUGUUGAUGGCGUCACUCUUCCCGAUAAGAAGUCAUCCUUUUUGCCAUCAUGCUGUUCUUCGGUAGCACAACCAACAUUUGUUUGA